AUUGCCAUAUCAGUAAAUCUAACAGGGUGGCAGCCUGUCGGUCGGGUGGCAACAUCUACUGUUCUUAAUGUGCACUUGUAAAAGUUUUGAUAAAAAUUAAAAAGAGUUCGUAUUUAAAGAGUGAAUUAUGGACUGCCAUCAUCGAAUCGAAGUGCCACUGCGUUCUGGAGGCGGCAAGAAAAUGAAGAAACGAAGGGAGCUCGACGCUCUGAUAGCACAUUCCAUAACAAAAAAAGGUUCCCACCGCACUGUUCACUCACAGGACAAGUUGCUGUCAGUAUCCACCGAUGACCCUGAUGAUUACACAUGGAUGAAUGUUGAGGGCACUACUCGCCGAGGUCAUCGAAAAAAACUAUUCCUUCGCAAGUGUGGACCCUUUCUAUUUGGUAUAACUACAGCUUUAUUUGUGGGCAUAUUAUACUGGCUUUACUUUGAUUUACGACAGCAGAUUUCCGAUUAUCGCCAAAAAGUUGAAGACGUGUCUGCAAUUAGCAAAAUCUUUCCGGAUACACUCCAGCAAUGGCACGAGACAACUUCAUUGCUAAUCAAAAAUCAAACUUUUGUAAUAAGUCAAUUAAAUGACUUGACCCAAAACGUAGGAGUUUUGAGUGGUAAUUUAAGCAGCCUGCAAGAAACCAUCAAGGCUCAAAGAAACUAUGGCCAAGAUGAGAAGCUAGUUGCCGACUUUGGAGCUAAACUAGAGGCAGUUGCAACAGAUAUAGAUGGCAUCAAGGAGCACUAUAAUAGGUACGUCGAGCUACAGAAAAGUCUGCGGAUGGAUACGGAAAUGAUCAAGGCCAAUUUAAGUCAAUUGGCCAUGAUUAAAGCCAACUCGUCCCCAUCAAAUUUAUCAAAUGACUUCAACGCUCUGAACCAAACAAUGCAGAAUUCAUGGAAAAAGCUUGAAAGCGAUCUUAUGAAUGUUAACAAUACUCUGAUUCAGUCAAUAAAAAUUCUAAAUGGCGAAAUAGUGGCGCAUAAGAUAAAAUUGGACGAUUUGUUGGAUCGCUCUCAGAGUAUUACAGCCCAUGUGACCACGUUGGGCAACAAUUGGCAGGAGUUCCAGCAAAAAAUAAUAGCUGUGAAUGAGCAGCUGGAGAAAGUUAAAGGAAAGAUAUCGAUGGCCGAUAAUAAGAACCGUUUGCUUUCGAAUUCGAUUGAUCAGCUAAUGUCUUUAUACAAGAAACCUUUGGACACGUUUACAACUCAGACAAACCAAGUAGACACAAAUAAUAACGUGACAGAAGUGAAUACGUUCUCUAACCAAGGAUUAACAACUCCGUCAAAUGCUACUGCAAAUUUAAAAGACAAUUCGACGCGGUAAAGAAAUAAAAAAAAGUAUUUAUUGAGCAAAUAAAAGGCAAGACCUUUAUGUACAGUUCUUACAUUUAAUAGACGAUAAUUUUAUUAUCAUCACGUAUUUUUCAAGAUAUUAAAACCUAGUAGAAAAUACUUAUAUUAAAUAUAUUAAACAAGUCAUAACGAUUGGCAAUAUAAAAUUGUUUGUUAUAGUCAUUAAAUAUAAAUGUUAGUUAAGCUAAAAUUAAUUUUAUUUAUAAUACUUGUAUAUGUACCGUAACCGUGUCAGAUAAAUGUUUUAAAAUACAAAUUGUGAUUUGUUUAUGUGCUUUUAUUCCAAAUAAUCAAAUACGAAACCGAAAAUAUAAGCAAAUAAUAUAAAUAAAUAUAAAAGUUUAAAAAAAUCUCGCCAAAGAAAAAUUGAAGUAUAUUUUAUGAAUUUAAUACGCAUAAUUAUAAUGAUGUUUAGUUAAAUAGUUUGUAGUCCGUUUUAACAACAAGUAAUAUUUAUCCUGUACGAGUCAAUAACUGUUUGGUUAAAAUGAAUGUCGCACAAUACUUAUUGAUGUACCCAGAGUCAAGGUAGAAUAUAAACUUAAGAACAAUUAAUAAACACUUUUGAUUUGAAGUAUGUCCACACAA